CUCGCCACUGAUAACCAGUACGCUCACAAACACGACCGUGGUCAGUCACAUUCACUGCGAGUCUCUCCGUUUCGAGUACGAGCUUAGAAAUGACCAGAAACUGGGGCAAGUGCUGCGGCGAUGAGGUCGAUAUCAUCUACUACGAUGAACGAUACCGGGAAGCAUCGAUGGAGGUGCUCCGGAAGUCGUUCUUCCUGAACGAGGCCGUCUGCAUAGGCUCGGAGGUGAACAUGGACCCGCAGGCUCAGAAAGACCUGGAGCAACUCUGUCUGGAUGUAGGCCGCAGCGGAGUGUCUCUGUUGGCACGGCACGUGGCCACCGACCGGAUCGUGGGAGUUUCGUUCAACGUGCUGCAGACGCCCAGUGCACCGGGUGACCUCAACUACUUUGAGUCAUUCCGCGACGAUCAUUGCAUCUCGCCGAGCUCCAAGAGCCUGAUGCAGUACAUGAUCACGAUGGACGCCAAGGUGGAUCUGUUUCAGCAGUUUGGAAUCGAUUGCCUGCUGGAGAUCAUGUUCCUUGCGACGUUACCCGAAAUGGAGGGAAAGGGCGUUGGCACGCAACUGGUCGCGAGCUCAAUCGAACUGGCGAAGCUGCUGAAGCAAGGUCAAGCAACGGAAAAUCUCCCCCAGGAAUCGAUUCACAAACGACCCCAGCUAGUGUCGUCACUGUUUACGUCGAGAAUCUCGCAGAAGGUGGGCAAAAAGAACAACUUUAAAGAAAUCAACGAAGUCCCGCAUUCCGAGUUUGUGUUUCGGGGCAAAACGUACAGCGAUCGAAUCGGACCCGAUCAUCCGACGUCCGUACUGAUGAUAAGAGAAAUUUAACGUGCUAAUUGAUAGGAACCACAGCCCAACAGUUACAAUAAACGUUUUUUGGCACACGCUUCGCUUCGUAACGCAGAUAUGGUCUUUGAACAAUGGCACAAUCAAAAUCACUGUACCAGCGUAUCCAGCAAAAGGGCUAAA